AUGUUUGCUAGUACCGACAUUGGCUCCUCUCAUGGAGAGGCAAGAGUUGAUACAGGUAAAAGAGAUGCGUCAGUGCCGAAUAAGAGUUCAUGGGGGAAAAUCAGGCCCAGCAUAAGGAAGCAAGAUUACAUCGAGUACGAUUUUGCCACCAUGCAAAACUUGAACGGUGGUUAUAUCAACCCUAAGGACAAGCUUCCGAAUCCUGGUUUUGCUGAUGAUCAAGAGAUGGAAUCUGAAUUUGGGUCUAAAAAGCAAAAAACCCUGGAGGACUGGAAAAGAGAACAACUAGAACGUAAAAUGGUGUACGAAAACGCUCCACCUCCAGAACAUAUUUCAAAAGCGCCGAAAUGUGUUGAAUGUCAUAUUAAUAUUGAGAUGGAUCCUAUACUACAUGACAUCUUCAAGCUACAAGUCUGUAAGCAGUGUGCUAAAGAGUGUCCAGAAAAAUAUGCACUGCUAACGAAAACGGAAUGUAAGGAAGACUAUUUUCUAACAGACCCUGAACUGAAUGAUGAAGAUCUUUUCCAUAGACUUGAGAAGCCGAACCCUCAUUCGGGUACGUUUGCAAGAAUGCAAUUAUUUGUUAGAUGUGAAGUGGAGGCCUUUGCAUUCAAGAAGUGGGAUGGGGAAGAAGGCUUAGAUAAAGAAUGGCAGCGUCGUGAAGAAGGAAAAGCCCAGAGAAGGGAGAAAAAGUACGAAAAGAAAAUCAAGGAAAUGCGACUGAAAACAAGGGCUCAAGAAUAUACCAAUAGGUUAAGAGAGAAGAAGCAUGGGAAAGCCCACAUUCAUCAUUUUAGUGCCCCGAUUGAUGGAGGAAUUGAUGAAGAUGGUUAUCAAAUUCAAAGACGAAGAUGCACGGAUUGCGGGCUAGAAACCGAAGAAAUUGACAUUUAA